CAAGUUUGCAUAAAUAAGUAGAAAAUAAUGAGCAACUAAGACAAUCCUACUGUAUAACUAUGUGACACACAGCUUUAAAAAAAAAAUUAGAAAAAUCAUCAAAUUAAGAGGUAAAAUACAGGCCCGAAUCUAUAUACUUGAAUUGGGGAAAAGGUGUUGAGUAUGUCUACAGAUCUGAAUAGUUGAUAAGGUUAAUCUAAAAAGUUAAACAUGACGACAUCAUCUCAAAAUUGGAAACUGAUAAAGGGACACACCAUUUAGGAAAUAAAAUAUCAUACAUAUUCACAGAUAAGUACUGAAAACUGAUUAACUCCUUGGAGAAAUGACAACUGUAGUGUUGAGAUAUACACAUCUAAAAGUCACUUUAAAAAUAUUCAACAUUCAUCACAAUAAUUACCACAAGACCCAAGUUGAAUAAAAUUCAAAUGUAUGGACACGCAUGAUGUCUUAAUUUAGCUAACAUCGAAAAAACUUGGACUUGAGAUCCAUACACGCAUAAUUUUCAGUAUUUUGAAUAUAGUGACCCUAAUUUUAACAUAGUAACCCUAAUUUUUAGAUAGUAAGAUUAGUAAACUUUAUUAAAAUUUGUGUGACCUUUAAUAUUAUAGUGAAUAUGAAGUACGACAAUAUGUUGAACAUAGUGACCUUUAUUAUUUAUAUUGAGAUUAUUGACCAGUAUAUAUAAAAAAUAAAUAAAUAAAUAAACCCCUCUUAUGACCUUUAUAAUAACACAUGACUUUUAUCUUAACAUAAUAACCUUUAUUUUAACAUAAUAAACUUUUUUUUAUUAAUAAAACAACCAUAGUGUCUCUAAUAUUAAUGGUUCACAAUUCAGGUCUAUUUAAGAGUUAAUAAGCUAACAUAUGUCAUUCAAGACUCACAUGAUCAAUCACCCCUCAAAAUAGGCAACAUUGCAUAUAUCUACAACAGAAGCCCCUCUACAGUAGAAAGUUGCCAGAGUGAGGGAUGGAUGCUGUCAGGCAAAAGGAAAAGCAAGAAGGCAUACAAUCCAAUCAAUAUCCAAAGUGUAUAACUGUUUUAAGGUCAUAUAUCAUUGCCACUUGCCAGCAACCAGUCUUUCUUUCUUUUUUUUUUUUUUUUUUUUUUUGGUUUUGACAGGCAACCAUUCUUAAUUCGAUAACAGUUCACCCCAUCUCUAUUUUAAAGGAAGAAAGAGAAAAAGAAGUAUCAUUUUGGGAAAAAUUAAAGAUUCAUUUAAUAUGAGAUUAAAUUAUAUGAAAGACGUCACAAUUUCAGUAUUCUAUACUACCAUUUUCCAUAAUAACAGGCUACCAAAACUGUGCAAUAAUGGAAGUACACACCUGAAAGAGAGGAGGGAAGUUAGGACUGUGGAGAUAAAGGUAAGGAUGGAUUGUGAAGGAUGUGAGAGAAAAGUGAAGAAGAGUGUAGAAGGCAUGAAAGGAGUUACCCAAGUGGAUGUGGAUCCCAAGUUACAUAAACUUACAGUUAUGGGCUAUGUUGAUCCAAAUAAGGUCUUGAAUCGGGUCAAGCAUCGAACUGGGAAAACAGCAGAGUUUUGGCCAUACGUACCAUACGAUGCUGUUGAACACUUAGUCCACCCAUAUGCACCUGGAGUUUAUGACAAAAAGGCCCCACCUGGUUAUGUGCGGAACCCUGAGCUUAGAGACCCCGAAGUUGUUGUUAUGGCGCUUGAGAGCCCUACUGAGGUCAAGUAUACAACUGCUUUUAGUGAUGAGAAUCCUAAUGCUUGUGCGAUUAUGUGA